AUGCUUAGUGGAAUCCUAAAUUUUCUGGCAAUCAGAAAUUGUAUUUCAUUAAUGAACAUAUGUAUAUUAUUGUAUUUAUCAUUAUAUGUAGUAAUAUAUGGUGGAAGGACGAAUUUCUUCUCCCUAUCGCAACUGAUACCAUCACCAUCUAAAUUUGUGAUAAUUACAAAAAAUAGCACAGAUGACUCAAAAUCUGAAGAAAAUGAUUUAACCAAAUACGAUACAGUGAAUAACCCUGGCGGUGUACGAUAUAAAUUCAAAAAUGGAUCCAAAUGUGUGGGACUUAAGUACGACGACACAUCCAUAUGGACUUACGAUUCCCAAAUAAAUGGAGAAAAAUAUCCAGUUGAAAUCUUCUUCAAUUCACUCACAAACAAUGUAAGAAUCAAAACCGAAAACAGGUUAUACAUUUACUCUUAUCGCAACGACAACUGGGAUUUAACUUUUGACUCUGAGGUGGCCUCAGCCCCUCUGAGUAAAUAUCAGCUAUUCACCAACAUAAACGAUGAUUUAACAAUUAGUCCUGGAGCUACGUAUUAUUCGAAAACGUAUAUUAACCAUGAUGAUGCGUCGCCCAUUUUGGCUGUAUCGUCCAAUGAGUUUGUUCGCAGGCUCUAUGACAGCCAUAUUCAAAUCCUUACAGUGGAUAGCCGCUUAAGGCUGAAGGUGAACGACCUCACCCACUUCUUCGUUACGAAGUUCCAGAAUUUAACCACCUACGAACUUGUGAAUCUCAGGAUGUAUUGCGAGGUCAAGCACAAGGACGAGGUGGUAUGGUUAGAUAAACGCCACAGAAGUGAGGCCGACUUUCCCGAUUUAAUUCAUAUUUACACUGAUAAGGACGUUGUCUGUUUAGACUUCAGUGGCAAAAAGUUCUUAGUCUUCCAUCGGAGAACCUUUGACAGGUACUCAGGCUGUAUUGAAAAGAUCUAUGGAGAACCCUAUAUUAAAAUAGAAGAUGAUAAUACUACGAGUUUCCACUUGAAACUGAAAUUCGAUGGUUCAUCUGGCUCAGCCGACACUACUGUGCUGGAAAUAAAGCCAACAUCUCCUGGAGUCUCCAAAAAGUUCAACGAUGGGGAAAAAUGUGUUGAAAUAACCUCUGAAAAUAAAAGAAUUUGGAAACACGACCCCCUUAGGGACGGAGCCAACUAUCCCACUGAAGUAUACUCUGACUCCUUCAAAAAGAGGAUAGUUAAGAUCAAAUUCGCCGGGAGAGCUUAUUUGUACUCGUUCGCUCAUGACAAAUGGUCUCUUAAGACCUUAUCCAUCGAUGACUCUUCUAGUCAUAGAAUGGAUACUGAACCUAUAGACGGACUUGAUGGAGAUGCGUCUGACGCCAGUUCUGAAGAAUAUGUCGAUGCAAAAUCGACUAUUGGCGAGUCCACUGAUUCUUCAACUACUGAACAAUCUACCGAGGUACCGCCACGCGUUGAGGAAUCCUCUACUAGUCCAGAUAGCACCGAGUCAACACUCAAUGAACCGACCGAUGAACCGACAUCCGGUGGAGCUGCUGAAUCAAUACCGACUCAGUCUACCAUUUUGCCUACAGCUAACGAAUCCACCAACGAAGCUUCCACUGAUUUAUCGUCCGAAGAUCCAACAAAUAAGUUAGCUACUAGCCGAAACGGUAGUGGCGAAUCGGUAAUUGAAAGCAGUGUCUAUCCAUAA